CCAGUAUCACCCUCCAAAGUUUGCACCAUGGCUGCUGCUAGGACACUUCGCAUAGGUCUCAUCCCCGGUGACGGUAUCGGCCGGGAGGUCAUUCCGGCCGGUAGGAAAGUGUUGGAGUCUCUUCCGGCGUCUCUCAACCUCAAUUUCAGCUUCGUCAACCUGGAUGCUGGUUUCGAUACCUUCAAGCAGACCGGCACUGCCCUGCCUGACAAGACUGUCGAGACCUUGAAGAAGGAGUGUGACGGUGCUUUGUUUGGAGCUGUCAGCUCCCCGAGCACCAAGGUCGCUGGCUACUCGUCGCCUAUUGUCGCUCUCCGCAAGAAGCUGGACCUCUAUGCCAACGUCCGGCCAGUCAAGUCUACCAUUGGCAGUGGCCGGAACCCUGUCGAUCUGGUAAUCGUCCGCGAGAACACCGAGGACUUGUACGUUAAGGAGGAGCAGACCAAGGACACCCCCAACGGUAAGGUUGCCGAGGCUAUCAAGCGGAUCUCCGAGAAUGCCUCAUCGCGGAUCUCCACCAUUGCAGGAGAGAUCGCCCUGCGCCGGCAGAAGAUCCGCGACGCGGCUCCCGCUGCGGGCCUGCGCUCGAAGCCCAUGGUGACCAUCACCCACAAGUCCAACGUGCUGUCGCAAACCGACGGCCUCUUCCGUGAGACUGCCCGCAAGGCUCUUGCCGCCGAGCGCUUCUCCUCCGUGGAGGUGGAGGAGCAGAUUGUCGACUCGAUGGUGUACAAGCUUUUCCGCCAGCCUGAGUACUACGACGUCAUUGUUGCUCCUAAUCUCUACGGUGAUAUCCUGUCUGACGGUGCUGCCGCCCUGGUCGGAAGCUUGGGUCUUGUUCCCAGCGCCAACGUUGGUGACGGCUUUGCCAUUGGUGAGCCCUGCCACGGUAGUGCGCCCGACAUUGAGGGCCAGGGCAUUUCCAACCCUAUCGCCACCCUGCGUAGUGCAGCCCUGAUGCUAGAGUUCUUGGGCGAGGAGGGUGCUGCCGCCAAGAUCUACACCGCCGUUGAUGCCAACCUGGACGAGGGCAAGUACCUCACCCCUGACAUGGGUGGAAAGGCUACCACCCAGGAGGUCCUUGACGACGUUCUGAAGAGGCUGUAGAUGGGUGUUCUUUCAUGAUGUAUAACUGAGCCAAGGGCAUGUGUAUAUGUAUCAGGCAUAGAUAAAACCAAAAA